AUGGCUUUGUCGGAGGUCAAAGACACAUCGCAGCACCUCGAAGCCGCUGACAGAUAUGAGAAAGGACUCGACCCGGACAACGUCGGGGUGACUACAGAGAAGGGGCAACGCAUUAUGCGGAGCGCCGACUACAGAUUACUCCCACCACUGACUGUCCUCUACGGUCUUUCCUUCAUCGAUCGAACAAAUUUGGGGUUCGCACGGAUUGUAGGGAUGUCUUCAGACCUUCAAUUGACCGGUAACAAGUACAAUGUGGUACUCAUGUUGUUUUUCAUUACAUACACCUUGUUCGAAAUACCAAGCAAUACUAUCAUUCGCCGGGUCAGUGUGCGCUACUAUUUAUCUGCGCUCAUUAUCGGUUGGGGUACGGUCGCCAUGUGUUUCGGGUUUACGAAGACUUUCUCACAGAUGUGUGGACUUCGUGUCCUUCUAGGUUUGUUUGAAGCAGGCUUCAAUCCUGCUUGCUUGUACCUUAUUUCGUCAUGGUAUCAAAGGUACGAAACGCAAAAACGAGUUGCCAUCUGGUUCAUUGGCGGUGCUUUAAUCUCCGGGUUCAAUGGUAUUAUCUGCUAUGGUUUGAGCCGGAUGGAGGGUCUAAGCGGCCUUCGAGGCUGGCGAUGGAUCUUCAUCAUUCCCGGGGCUCUUACGAUCUUACUCGCAAUCCCAUUCUUCUUGAUCGUGUCCGACUUCCCCGAAAAAGCUCAAUGGCUGAAGUCAGAAGAAAAACAAUGGUUACAACGAAGACUAAUGGAAGAUCGUGGCGAAGACUCGGAAGUUCUUCGCCCUAAACAUUUCCGAGAGGCAGCUCGUGACUGGAGAUUAUGGAUGAUGGCUUCUCUGUUAUGUUUCCCAACAGCAGGAGGAUACACGAUGGCCUUCUUUACCCCCACAAUUCUCAACGGCUUUGGUUAUAGUGUUGCUGCAAGCCAGUGCCUCGCGACGCCCCCUUACAUAGCUGCGGCGAUUUGCUCCAUUUUAACCGGCAUUGUCGCUGACAAAAUACGUCGCCGUGGACCCUUCAUCAUCGGAUAUUGCUUGGUCGUCAUUUUGGGACUCAUAUUGAUAGGAUGGGGCCCUAACAACGGAAGUCGGCUAGUGGGCGUUUUCCUCGGCAUAAUUGGCAACUAUUGUGCAGUACCAUCAAUUGCAACCUUCUUGAUGAACAAUACCCCUGGGUCAGCGAAACGCCAGGUAGCAAUUCCAAUUCAAACAACACUAGGAGGAGUUGGAGGAAUCAUUGGCUCUCUCAUAUUCCGAACCCAGGAUGCACCUGCAUUCAGACCAGGAUUAUACGCUUCCUUUGGCUGUAUGUCACUAACAAUUCUCUUUACAUUGCUUUUGAUGAAUGAGUUUAGAGCGAAGAACAAAGCUGCGGACGAAGAAGGUAUUCUCCUUGAAGGUCGUGAGGGUUUUAGAUACACACUUUGA